AUUAUUAUUUUUGUUUACCCUCUUAGCUUUUCUUUAACCUUUAUUUUAAGAGUUCUCUUCAAUUUCAUUUUACCAGAUCACAAGUUUCUGGUUUCCCUGAUUUGUUCCUUUAUUUUUGCACUUUUACUUAGCGACAAUGGCAAGUCAUCUGGCUACUGUUUAAGCAAUGUUAUGUGGGAUUAUGAAAGUGAAGCUAUUUUUGUGAAAUGAUAUGCACCAAUAAAGUAUUCUUUUUAUGUAUAUCUAACCCGCAUACUAUUUAUUUUUUGCUUUGUAUACAGCAGUGCAAAGAACAAUUGAAACUAUUCUGCCAGACAAGUAGAUAUCCUUCAAUUUAUUGAAAUCCUACAAUGUCGUCUGGUCCUGGGCUUCAAUCGCUAGUAGACCAGACCAUAUCAGUCAUUACAAAUGAUGGACGACAUAUUGUGAUCAUCAGCCUUGCAGAGUUGGUUCUAAAUGGAAUUUUGAAAGGGUUUGAUCAAGCUACCAAUAUCAUUCUUGAUGAGUCACAUGAGCGUGUUUACUCUACAAAGGAAGGUGUUCAGCAACUUGUUUUGGGGCUGUAUAUUAUAAGGGGUGAUAACAUAAGUAUUGUGGGAGAAUUAGAUGAAGAACUGGAUGCAAAUCUGGAUCUGUCAAAACUAAGGGCACAUCCUCUCAAGCCUGUGAUCCAUUGAUCAAUUUGAUGUCCAGACCUCUUGAUAUUUUCCUCUCUACAAUAGAGUUGUCUUACUGUGGGAUUUGAGGUAUUUAGUUGUUCAAAACAAGAAUGGACGUGGUGUUUGUCUAAUAGAAUACAAUUUGUUCCCACACUGCUAUAAUUUUUGAUGCCAACUAAGCAACAUUAUUUCCAGCA